UGUCCAAAAGAAAAAAGACGGGUGUUGCAAAUGCAUUGUUGCUUUCCAAUUUUGCGAAGACGAAGAGGUUACAAUGUUGAUUCGGCGAUUGCCUUGGACGGCGAUUUCUGUGGGCUCACCACUUCCGUUGAAUUUCGGCGCUAUGUAUGGAGCAAGCAUUCCCAUGCGCAAGCAACUCACCGUUUCCCUUUUCUCCUUCUGCUCUAGCUCUGGCUUCCAUCCCCCUCCUCAAUCACAAAAACCUGUUAACGAAACGGAUAAUCGUCACUCGCAGUCUCUGAAACCCGGUCUUUAUCUCGUUGGAACACCGAUUGGAAAUCUCGAAGACAUUACCCUGAGGGCUCUUCGCGUGCUGAAUUCUGCUGAUGUCAUACUCUCAGAGGACACGAGACACUCUGGGAAGUUGCUUCAUCACUACAAUAUCAAAACACCCCUUAUGAGUUAUCACAAAUUCAAUGAAUCACAAAGGGAACAGAUUGUGCUGAAGAGGCUGAAGCAGGGUGAGAUUGUGGCACUUAUAAGUGAUGCUGGAAUGCCAGGUAUCAGUGAUCCUGGUAUGGAGUUGGCCAAAUUAUGUGUUAGUGAAAAUAUCCUGGUUGUUCCUAUCCCUGGUCCCUGUGCUUUGGUAUCGGCUCUUUCUGCAUCAGGUUUACCAACUGAUGAAUUUACAUUUGUUGGUUUUCUUCCAAAGCAUUCAGGUUCAAGAAGAAAAAGGCUUAUGGUUUCAGCUGAUCAAACAACAACACAAAUAUUUUAUGUUCCUCCUCACAAACUUUCUCAAUUUCUUGAAGAGUGUUCUUCAAUAUUUGGUGAUACGAGGAUAUGUGUUAUUGCUCGGGAAAUGACCAAGUUACAUGAAGAGUUUUGGCGUGGUACUCUUGGUGAAGCCAAGGAAUUAUUUUCUAUUCGUCAAGUGAAGGGAGAACUUACCAUAUUGAUUGAAGGACAAGCAAAUUCUAAAGUUGAAACUCCGUCUCACAUUCAGCUUGAGAGUGAACUAAGAGAACUGAUUGCAAGUGGCGCGAGUCUUUCCACAGCUGUGAAAUUGGUUACCGGCAGAUCAUCAGUGAGUAGAAAAACUAUAUAUUCACUUGCACUAAGAAAAUUUGGGAAGCAACCCGAAGUGGAAGAUGAUUCAAACUAGUGCAGAUUAUUCCUACUGAGAAGGAUGUGGUUUAGCUGUCUCUGUUGCUCAAUCUUUCUACUGGGUUGGCAGUGGUCUUCCACCUAGAUGAAUGAGAUGAUUUUACCACUGCUGUUGAAGCACUAUUGCGGAUCAUAUUAAGAUGGUUGGGCCCGGUAUACUUAGCAUCCACCUUUUGUCCUUGGCUCCCCAGGAUUCAGCUCUUCAGGACACACACCAACAGAGUACAACAAAAUUGAUUGUAAAUGUCUACUCAGGGCAGGGCAAGAUAGCAGGGUAGCUGUUGGGUCGUACUAAUGAGAAAAAUGACAAAGCUGAAUUCCUUAAUUGCUUCUGUAUCCUACUUCUACAACAUGAUCUGAUUGUGGUGAGCCGCUGUUUUAUUUAGCUCCCCAGCCUGUCUUAAUUGCGUACAGACUGCAUGGUUAUAGAUUCUGCUACUGUCACAUCUGAAUACGAAUCUAGUAAUCGGUUCAGUGAAUAAUAUAUCCUUGGUCUGAUCAUCCACAACAAAUAGGAGAACUGUGUUAUUAUCUGUUAAUAUCCCGAAGUCCCUAGUCAAUCCCUUGUGUGUACCUGAAGGUAUCUACGCUUGUUCUAGUUUUCGAUCAAAUGGAAUGUUUCACGAAUCCGCAAAAGCUAUGCCCGUAUGUGGUACGAAUUGGUUAAGCUUUUCUUUCUCAUAAAAUCCUUUGGGAUUAAAGUAGCAUAAAUGGUUGUGUGUAUGUCAUGCAAUUACGUCUAUAUUUGUGUGGUAUUAUAUUGCUAGUAAAGAAUAAUCUUGAAUAAACUGGUAUGAUGCACGUUCCCUUUCCGCGGAGUAAGCAUCGAGCUCUGAUUACCGCCCGAGGUUUUAUGAUGACACGCUAAGCUGGAUGACUGACACCUUGAAGGAAGAUGGGCGAUAUAAGCCAUAAAUUUUUUGGCAAUUCCAUUGCAUGGUAGAGGUCGAAUUGGUCUUCCGAUUUAAUAUUUUUGUACAUUGUACUCCUUACUUUUCAUAAAAUAAAUGGUGUUCCUUCACUCUGAUUAACUUGUCGUCAUCAUUUUUCAUAAAUACCAUUUUGUUUUAUAAUGGGUCAGUGUAAUUGUUUCCAUUUGAACUUCUUUUUCAUGCAUUCUUGCUCCUUGAAGCUAAAAGAGAAGGCAGACAGAUCUAAUAUAUCUGGACGAAUUAUAUGUACAAGGAAUUUGGAUGGAUAAUAAGAGCUAAAAGCUACUUUUUCUUUAGAAAAAGAGUGGAAACAGCUGCAUGAUUGUGGACAAGACAACCAAACCACACGGGCGGUCGGGAUCACGGGCGCUGCUCAGCAAGAUGUCAUGUGCAGCUUGCCCUUUUCCUUCCCAUUGGCCCCAGCAGAUCAAUUCCCACUUAUUGGGCCUAAGCCUUGGGCAGCUUAAUUAGCAAACUCAUGUAUAUAUAUAUAAUGAUAACAGAACUCCCGCAACAUUUUCCCCCUAGUAAUCUCAGAUAGCAACACCUCAACCAUCGCUGCACCAGCACAAAUUCUUGCUGUGAUCCUCCUUGUAAUUCCUAAUCAUGAUAGUACAACACUGCUUAUUUAUACCCUAAACUCACUACUUAAUUAUAACCAUCCCUUCCCUUAUUUAUCUCUUUCCACUGUUGUCCUUCGGAAGUUGUUUUGCAUGUUGCUACAUGUCAUCCUUGGUGACGGAGAGGGAGGGCUCAAAUUCAUAUAUUUGUUGGCCCGUGGCUAAGAUUCGUCGAGGAUCGAAUUGCAUUUUCCUGGCAUUGAAUUGGGUCCACUUAUCUCCAAAGUGGUCCAUCCACUCCUGCUGUGUUGUGUAAUGGGGCAGAUACUGUUUCACCUUGAUCUCCGAAUCAUGGCAGAAUCUCAGAAUCUGACGGUUCUGAUUAGUCAGGUACUCCAGUGUCUCAGUAUCCAAUGCUGAUCUCAGAAAUGCCACCAGGUAAAACACCUCCUCUUCUGGUAUCACCACCGAGCUCCGAUGGUCCCACCUACAUACCCAUCACCAUCAGCAAAAUCACGUUAUGGAAUUUUCUUUUCAUGCAUGCAAUGAUGCAAAACGGUAGUAGACAGUUGGUGGGAUUUACUUACUACUACGUUGUUAACAAUCGUGUGACUUGUCAGAGGCCAACGCAAGGGGGAAUUUAAUUUGCAUGCACGUUUGAAUUUUGUUUGUGAAACUUGCUAUCAUUAUUUUUUUUAUGUCUAAAUGAAAAAUUGAAAUAUAAUUAAGUGCAAUUAUGAUUUAUUUAUGAAUAUUGAUAUUGACAUGGACGGGUAUGGUUGCGUGAACAUACGGCGGUGUCUGUGGAAGCUGGAACUAGGUUAGUGUAUCCCUACCAUUCCAAGAGUGGGUCCCCCAUAGAAGAUCUUCUGACAGCAGAAUCUCCUCAGCUGGAUGACCAUGGCCGUCCGUUUUGUUUGCUUCCGGUCUACGCAAAGGGAAAAGAAAAUCGUGGCACUUCCUAGCUGGCUUUGAUGCAGAUUUUCAUCUGCUGUGUUGGUUACAUGUACAUCGCCGUGGUUGUUCUUUCCACAUUUUCCAUUUCCACUUGGAAAUAACCAUUCUUUGGUUUAAGAUAUAUUUGGCUAUUAUCUGUUUAUUAGAGAUAUUUACCUUAUAUAAUUCAUAACAAAUGUCACCUAAUUCACGAAUUAUUGAGGAUCUUGAUUUUGCCUGCCAUGUAUAAUUAAGAUUUAAUAUAAACGUACAGGUUC